UUUCUCAAGACAAACUAUAGGCUUUUUUCCAAUAGGCCUUCUACGACCUCAAAACAAUCAAACAUAACCUCAAAGUUUUGUUUUCUUAACUCCAAUUUUCAAGAAAAAGGAAAACUAAAAUAUAAUUCAUUAAAAAUAUCAGUUUCUUGAGAAAUAUUUCACUAUUUAAAAACCAGUGACUUAGAAUUAAAGUUGAGAAUCUUGUCGAAGUGUGUGACGAGGAAGUGGCUAUCAGUGUUGGCAACACUGAGAGUUGCAGUGUUUUUGAAAAGUGUGAUUUUCUUUGGGAAAAUCCCAGUUGAACUUGGUGAAAAAUGACUCUCCUGAUUGAAGACUACGAGCAGCAGUAUUCAGCAUUGAUUGCCAAAAUCACAGCUCAGAUUUCCCAUCUAAAUAUCGCUCCCAGAAGUAGUCGCAAUGAACUGAUCCAGGGUAUCACAGCAAAUUGCGAGGAAGCCAAAGAGUUGCUGGAACAGAUAAGCCUGGAAAUCCGAGAUGCUCCCCCAGAUCAGAGAUCCAGCCUCACCAAUCGAGUGAAUUGCUACGAAGUUGAGCUCAAGAGACUGCAGCAGGAGUUCACAAAGUGCAAAAACUCAAGUCAGGGAGCCUCAAAUUUCGAAUCAGAUGAUGAUUUUGAUGACAUUGGAUUCCAUGAUGAUUCCAAAAGGCGACUUCUGGACAAUUCAGAGCGACUUGAGAGGACAGGAAAGCAUCUAGAAGAAGGAUACCGAAUUGUACUGGAGACUGAGAGCCUAGGGAACAACAUUCUGCAGGAUUUGUCCACACAGAGAGAAACCAUACAGAGAUCCCGAUCGAGGGUCCAGCAAAUGGACGUGGAGCUGGGAAAAUCCUCGAGAAUCCUGAACUUCAUGAUGAUGCGAUCGCUCAAAGAGAAGAUAAUCCUGGCAGGAGUUGGUGCUGUAUUUAUUUUAGCUGUUUCUUUUAGUAUCUACUAUUCCGUGAAGAAAUAAUUCCAUUAACUUAUUCCUAGGAUAAUAAAAAAUAAAAGCAGUAGAAAAAUUA